AUGGCUUCGAUAAAGUCUGCUGCGUUUGUUGUGGCUCUGGCGAGCGCAGUGCAAGCUUCUCUCUACGGUGAAAGCAAUCAGAACCACACUUGCAUCCUUGAUCCCGCUGUCCUCUCCUGCUCCCCGCAGGCCACUCCCGACCAAGUCGACAGCUGUUGCACCGAGACUUUUGGUGGUCUUUUGCUCAGCACACAGUUCUGGGAUACGUACACUGGACUCGAAGCUCAAGGCCAAAAGCUACCACCCAACACUUGGACGCUCCAUGGACUUUGGCCCGACUUUUGUUCCGGAGACUUCACCCAGUAUUGCGAUUUGACUCGUCAAUAUGACCCAGCUCCUUCGCCCAAUACCACGAAUGGUUUGCCGAACGGCACUGUUGUACCUCCUUACACUGGGCCCAACAUUGGCACGUUUCUCGAGCCCUUCGGACGGUACGACUUGCUGGAUUGGAUGAACACUUAUUGGAUCAACCAAGGUGGUCCAAAUCACGACUUCUGGGGGCACGAAUUCUCCAAACACGGCACGUGCUACUCGACCUUCGAUCUGCCUUGCUACGGGCCUGAGUACGUCGAACACGAAGACGUGCUGGAUUUCUUCCAGACGGCUAUCAAGUAUUACAAGCGAUUGCCGACGUGGGAGUGGCUGAACGAGGUCAAGAUCGUUCCCAGCAAUAGCACGACCUACUCGUUGAGUGACAUUCAGGGUCAGUUGGCGAAGAAGUACGGUGCAGUCCCGUAUAUCGGGUGUACAGGACCAAAGUAUAAUACCACGGCAGAAGGAAUUGCGGCAAAUAGCACUGACAGCGGCCGCACCGUCAUUGAUGAAGUGUGGUAUUACAUGCAUGUUGUCGGGCGUCCUCAAGACGGCAAUUCCAUCCCGGUCAAUGCCACGAGCCCAAACACCAGCUGUGCAACGGCUAAAGGUGCCAUACACUACUAUGAGCGUACGCCAGGCUCAGUUCAGGGAAGCUGA